AUGACGACGAAACCUCCAAGUGAAGCAGACAUAAUCUUCAAUCGCGCCAACAUCGCGCUCGCCCGCAGCCAACGCCUCGUCGCAUCAUGGCUUCCGCCGCGGACCACGACUACAUCCACCGACUCCGGCGCCGAGAAUAAACAAGACGAUGACGAUGAGAUAUUCACUGCUGUUCCUGAACGACUCGGUCUCGGCGCCCCCGUCCCCGUCAAAGAUGCGUUUAAUACUCUGAAUAGCUCCAGCAGCAACAAUAAAUUGGAUGAUAAACUGAGACAGAGAUUGCUGGGACGGAAUGCGAAGAAGUUUAUGCAGCAGCAACAACAGCAGAAACAACAAGCAGCUCAGGCGCGAGGAAAGACGGGGCAGGACGAUGCUGUGAAUGCACGGCCGAAAGAGGCUGAGGAUGAGGAGGAUGAUGAUGAGGAAGGAAGGACGUCUUUGGGGAAGAAGAAGCAGACACAGCAGAAAACCAUGAAAGUCGAAGUAGAAGAGCAUGAGGAUAUAGACAACGUCGAGACGAAUACGAAUAUCGACCAUAGCGCUGAACCGCAAAUACCUACUAUACCUACCAUACCAUCCAACAAACGCAAAAAGACGGGCAAGGUCAGCUAUUUGGACGAAUUAUUACAAGAUCGGAAAAAAAAGAAGAAGAAGCGGGUGGAAUGA